UUAUGAUUUAUGGCGUUAUUUGAAAAAUCAAAGUUAGAAGUGAUAAGGCGGACAUGAAGUUUGCCUUUGUCGUGUUAUUUUCGGCCGUGUUGGCGUUUGCCUACGGCCAAGCCAAUCUUCCGGCUGCGCAGCCUUGCGACGAGGCACUAUGUAAACUCCCACACUGCAGAUGUUCAUCUACAAACAUCCCCGGGGCAUUAUCAGCCAGCAAUGUACCUCAGUUUGUCCUGCUCACCUUCGAUGAUGGCGUUAACAUUGGUAACAUGGUGUUAUACCGUCAACUCUUGAAGAACCGGUUCAACUCGAACAACUGUCCUGCUGCAGCUACCUUCUUCGUUACCCAUGAAUACACCGACUACACCAUGAUCAACGAACUAUACAAUGAUGGACACGAAAUCGCUCUCCACUCAAUCAGCCAUAGAAAUUCAAUGGAAUACUGGCGGGAUGCUAGCGUUAGCACAAUGAUGAGUGAGAUUGGGGACCAAAGGAGCCAGAUUGCUCAUUUUGCAAAUAUUCCCGUUAACACCAUCCAUGGUGUUCGUUUGCCUUUCCUCCAAAUGUCUGGAAAUUCAUCUUUCCAAAUGAAGGCAGGUGCUGGUCUCACAUACGAUUCUAGUUGGCCCACCAUCGCAUUCCAAGAUCCUGGUCUUUGGCCUUAUACUCUCGACUAUAGGUCCGUUCAAGACUGCAUAAUCCCUCCGUGCCCCACUGCAUCCAUCCCUGGCCCUUGGGUCCUUCCUAUGGUGGCCUGGACUGAUUUGAGUGGAUUUCCUUGCUCGAUGGUCGACAAUUGUUACGACCACCCACAUGGUUCUGAUGACGCUGCUUGGUACAAUUUCAUCCUGAAGAACUUUGAAAGGCACUACCUCGGUAACCGCUCGCCUUUCGGCAUCUACGUCCACGAGUGGUUCGUCCGCGUCAACCCUGGACUGUGGAAGGCAUUGCAGCGCUUCGCAGGUGUCAUUAACAACAUGAAUGACGUCUAUAUGGUCAACGCUAAAGAAGUAAUAGACUGGGUACAGAACCCGGUCCCAAACAACGUAUACCGCCAGCGCCCAUGUAAGAACCUCUUGAGGACUCAGUGCUUGCCGAACAUCUGUGGGCCUCUCCCCGCUCCUGAAGGCGAGAAAAACUACUACAUGCAAGUAUGCAGCAGAUGUCCAAGCAGAUAUCCAUGGGUUGGCAACCCCCUAGGACUUUAAAUUAAAAUGUAUAUAUACUUUACCUAUACGGGAA